AUGAGAAAGAUUAAAGUUUCGCCCACUAAUAACAGUAACACUAAUAGCAUUAAAAAUGCAGAGGAUGCGUUACGCCAAAAAUAUAGCUAAUACAAUAAUAAUUAGAUACUUUAAAAUAAAAUGCUUAAAGCAACAAGCUCAAGUGGCAAUUCGGUCCAGUCUGAAAUGGAAAGCUUUUAAAAGUAAGCAUCUCUAUCACCCAAAAAGCCCGUUAAUGGCAAUAAUUUAUUAUAAGUGCCUACUACAGAUGAACACAAUCUCACGCCAAUAAGUUAGCACGCAACAUAAGAACAGAAAAAAUUCUUUUAAAAAAAAGGUAAAAAUGAUACAAAAGGUAAAAGAGGUAGUUUCCGUAUAAGCCAGUAGAUUCAGAAUGACGACGAUGUGUAACUUAAUGUAAAAUUCCAGGAAGAGCCCAGAAAAUUAUAGAGCAUACUCUUGAAAGAAGGAGCAGCAUACAAUGUAGAAGCAAAUGAGACAAAUCAAAGAGUAGAUAAGUUUGGUAACCCAAUAGAUCACCAGAAGAAGAAGCAGAAGAUUUCAUUCAAUGAGGAUCUCACAGUAUAUGAAGUUGAAAAUUGGAAAAAAUAUAAUAAUAAUAUGUAUGAUGAAAACGAUGAUAAAUGUCACUGUAACCUCAUUUAAAUGCUCUUCUUUUUCCACUUGCUUAGUAUGUGA